UUACCCCACCAUCUGCAAAAAAUAGACCAGCAAGGUGACAGCAUUGUGGAUAAAUGGCGACAGAUAAGACCUGGCAAACCGACAUGGAUAUGAAGGACGAAAUAAAAAUGAGCAAACGCCAAAUAAAUGGGGAUUUAAGUGGAAGUAAAGAUGAUGAUGAUGAGGCAAAGAAGAAAGGAAAGAAGAAAAAAGAAAAAGAGCCAAAGUUACCGAUGGUUGGCCCCAUUGCACUGUUCCAGUUUGCAGAUUAUUUGGAUGUUGUGUUGAUCAUCUCUGGGACAGUGAUGGCAAUGGCUAAUGGUGUAGUGCUUCCACUCAUGUGUAUCGUAUUCGGAGACAUGACGGACAGCUUCGUCAACAGUGCCAGCACCCUCCCGACCCCCUCAACCUCCCCGGCCCGCUUCAUCCCCUUGAACAUCAGUUGGCCAAAUGGCAGCUUUCUCAACACCUUAGAAGAAGAGAUGACAACAUAUGCCAUCUACUACUCCAUCAUGGGGGCUGUUGUUCUGGUAGCAGCCUACAUGCAGGUGGCCUUCUGGACACUUGCAGCUGGCCGGCAGGUGAAACGCAUCCGGAAGCUGUUCUUCCACUGCAUCAUGCGGCAGGACAUCGGCUGGUUUGACAUCAAUGAAACGGGAGAGCUCAACACGCGUCUCAUUGAUGAUGUCUACAAGAUCCAGGAGGGUAUUGGUGACAAGGUGGGGAUGCUGAUCCAGUCCUUCACCACCUUCUUUGCAUCCUUCAUCAUUGGCUUCACUACGGGCUGGAAGCUCACUCUGGUCAUUAUGGCUGCCAGUCCUGUGCUCGCAGUUUCAGCAGGACUCUUCAGUAAGGUGCUGACGUCCUUCACAUCCAAAGAGCAAACUGCUUAUGCCAAAGCAGGAGCUGUGGCUGAGGAGGUGCUCUCUUCGAUUCGGACCGUGUUUGCCUUCAGUGGUCAAAGCAGGGAGAUAAGCAGAUAUCAAAAGAACCUGGAGGAUGCUAAGAACAUGGGAAUAAGGAAGGCACUCUCAGCUAACAUUGCCAUGGGCUUCACCUUCCUGAUGAUCUACCUGUCCUAUGCUCUGGCCUUCUGGUAUGGCAGUACACUCAUCUUGAGUGGAGAAUACACCAUUGGGACUGUACUAACAGUGUUCUUCACUGUGAUUAUUGGCGUGUUUGCUGUGGGACAGACAUCUCCCAACAUCCAGUCCUUUGCCAGCGCCAGGGGAGCUGCACACAAAGUGUACAGCAUAAUUGACAAUAAACCAACUAUCGACAGCUACGCUGAGGCUGGAUUCAAGCCAGACUGUAUCAAAGGGAACAUAGAGUUCAAGAACGUCCACUUCAACUACCCUUCAAGGCCAGAAGUUAAAGUAUUAAGUGACAUGUCUCUGAGCGUGAAGAGUGGACAGACUAUUGCGUUAGUGGGCAGCAGCGGCUGUGGCAAAAGUACCACGAUCCAGCUGCUGCAGAGGUUCUACGAUCCUCAGGAAGGUUCUGUAUCUAUAGAUGGUCACGACAUCCGUUCUCUCAAUGUGCGCUGUUUGAGGGAGAUGAUUGGUGUUGUGAGCCAAGAGCCCAUCCUUUUUGCCACCACCAUUGCGGAGAACAUCAGAUAUGGUCGACUUGACGUGACAAAGGAAGAGCUCGAACAAGCUGCAAAGGAGGCGAACGCUUAUGACUUCAUAAUGACCCUUCCUGAUAAGUUUGAGACACUUGUAGGAGAUCGAGGAACUCAGAUGAGUGGAGGACAGAAACAAAGGAUUGCAAUUGCUCGAGCUCUAGUCCGCAACCCCAAAAUCCUUCUACUGGAUGAAGCCACCUCAGCUCUAGAUGCUGAGAGUGAAACCAUUGUUCAAGCUGCACUCGACAAGGUUAGACAAGGUCGUACUACUAUAAUUGUGGCUCACCGCCUCUCAACUAUCAGAAACGCUGACAUGAUCGCCGGCUUCCAGAAAGGAGUAGUUGUUGAGCUGGGCACUCACAGCAAACUGAUGAAAAAACAUGGGGUCUACCACACGCUGGUCACCAUGCAGACUUUUCAGAAGGUUGAUGAUGGCGAGGAGUUAGAAUACGAGCAGGCUGUGGAUGAGAAAAGCCCAUCAGUCAUGUCCUUUUCGGAGUCCUCUCUGUACAGGAGAAAGUCCACAAAGGGCUCUUCUUUCAUUGGCUCAGAAGGAGAAAAGGGGGAGAAUCAAAAAGAGGAGGAUGACAAGGACAAAACUGAGGAGGAUGACAAAGUUCCUGAGGUGUCAUUCUUCAAAGUGUUGCGUCUCAACCUUCCAGAGUGGCCGUACAUCCUUGUGGGAAUCACGUGUGCCACCAUCAAUGGAGCAAUGCAGCCACUUUUUGCAAUUGUCUUCUCCAAGAUCAUUGCUGUAUUUGCAAAUCCAAAUAAAGAAGAGGUCAGGGAACAAUCCCAGUUCUUUUCAUUCAUGUUCAUCGCUAUUGGAGGUGGAACCUUUGUUGCCAUGUUUCUGCAGGGUUUCUGUUUUGGGAAAUCUGGUGAGAUUCUGACCAUGAAACUGAGACUCGGUGCCUUUAAGUCCAUGAUGAGACAGGACCUUGGGUGGUUUGAUGACCCCAAAAACAGUGUUGGUGCCCUAACUACCCGACUAGCCACAGAUGCUUCUCAAGUACAAGGGGCCACAGGCGUCCGCAUGGCCACAUUGGCACAGAACGUAGCUAACCUGGGCACCGCAAUUCUGAUUUCCUUUGUGAAUGGUUGGGAGUUGACGAUGUUGAUCUUGGCUGUGGUGCCUAUCAUGGCCGUGGCUGGCGCUGUGCAGAUAAAGCUGCUCGGUGGACAUGCUGCUGCAGACAAGAAGGAACUAGAAAAAGCUGGAAAGAUUGCUACAGAGGCAAUUGAGAAUAUCCGCACAGUUGCCUCACUCACCAGAGAACCAAAGUUUGAGUCUCUGUACCAGGAAAAUCUCCAAAUUCCAUAUAAGAACUCCCAGAAAAAGGCCCAUGUGUACGGCAUUACCUUUUCCUUCUCCCAGGCCAUGAUCUACUUUGCUUAUGCAGGAUGUUUCCGCUUCGGUGCUUGGCUCAUUAUGGCAAAAAGGAUGGAUUUUGAAUCAGUAUUUCUAGUGAUUUCUGCAGUCCUGUACGGUGCCAUGGCUGUCGGUGAGGCGAAUUCCUUCACUCCAAACUACGCCAAGGCCAAAAUCUCAGCUUCCCACCUGAUAAUGCUGAUCGAACGAGAGCCCCCCAUCGAUAAUCUGUCACAGGACGGAGAGUCACCGAACACAUUUGAUGGUAAUGUGAGAUUUGAGAGUGUUAAGUUUAACUACCCGUCACGCCCGGAUUUACCCAUCCUCCAAGGGUUGAAUCUGAAGGUGCGUAAGGGCGAGAUGCUGGCGUUGGUGGGCAGCAGUGGCUGUGGGAAAAGUACCACAAUCCAGCUUCUGGAGCGCUUCUACGACCCCAGAGAAGGACGUGUGUUGCUGGAUGGCAAAGAUGCUAAACAGCUGAACAUCCACUGGAUAAGAGCUCACAUCGGCAUCGUGUCCCAGGAGCCCGUGUUGUUCGAUUGCUCUUUGGCUGAGAACAUCGCCUAUGGAGACAACAGCCGGGUUGUAUCCAUGGAGGAGAUAGAAGCAGCCGCUAGAGCAGCGAACAUUCACAGCUUCAUAGAUGACCUUCCACAGAGGUACAACACUCAAGCAGGUGACAAAGGGACCCAGCUGUCCGGGGGUCAGAAGCAGCGAAUAGCCAUAGCCCGAGCCAUCCUCCGCAACCCCAAACUGCUGCUGCUGGACGAGGCCACUUCAGCACUCGAUACAGAGAGCGAGAAGGUGGUGCAGGAGGCGUUGGACCAGGCCAGACAGGGGAGGACGUGUAUUGUUGUGGCACAUCGUCUGUCCACGAUCCAAAACGCAGACCGGAUUGCUGUGUUCCAGCAAGGCGUGGUGGUGGAGCAGGGGACACACCACCAGCUGCUGGCCAAGAAGGGAGUCUAUUACACACUGGUCACCACACAGAUGGGCCACUAGAGGGAGUGAGACAGGGAGCAGUACUACAAGUCACACUGCUUCCAACAUGACUGGAUUGAGCACAUGUGCCUUCUGUCAUUGCAUUCACUCUGAGAACACUUCCAGUGGAAGAGUUUGGGUUUGAGGUGUUAAUCACAGCCUGUUUGGAGUCCAGUCUUUCUUACAGCUGUUCCCCUUUUUUGGUUCAAAGGUCCUGUUAGGAUCAUAAUUUUACAUCGUUAGUGUUUCUCUGAUAGUUGUACAAUUUAGUGUUUGUUUUCCGACUGAGAAUGCCGCUGUUGUUCCUCAUGUGGGCAGUCAGUUGAUUUGUGGUUCCAUAUACUCAUGAGAAAUAUAUCGACACUAUAUAACUGAUUUUGCAACUUUAUGACAUGCCAACAGUGUACUAGAUUCAUUCUGUAUCACUUAACACUGGGACCUAAGUGUGUAUUCGUAUUCUACGAUGUAGUUGUGAAUGUUUAGAUUGUAAGUAUUAUGAAAAUGUAAUAUUUAUGCAAUGUAAGUUCACAGAAAAUUGUAACUGUCCAAUAUACACAAUUUUGAAUCGUGAUUUAAAUAAGAAUCAUCUUGUUUCUAAAAUGUAUAAAAUGAUGCUUAACGUAUAAAAAAUUUUGUAUUCAAACUUUUUAAAAUUGGCUGGAUAAAACAAAAUGAAAAGCAGAAAAAUGUCAAUUGACAGCUCAUUCAUACCUUGCACAUCACAUGCUACAUUCUUCAUCACAUUUACUAAUAUGUCAAAAAUUAACAUUUUCAUGUCUUUACAUUGAUAAAGAUAACACUUAAAAAAAUAAAAUAACAGAAAACUGUGUGGUUUUAAUACCCCACAAUGGGCAAAGACCAAGAUAUUGCUUUGUUUCAGGGAAGACAUAACUGGAUAAACUUUCCGAAUGUACCAAAGUCAUUAAAAAAAUAAUGUAA